AUGUACAAUUCAUUCAUUUUAAGCAGGGCACCAAGACGUCUACGUCGAAUUUCCCUUUCCAGGCCAGGUUCCCUUCAUCUUUCUUCAGAUAAUUCACUCUCUGUGGGACAAGAUUUCUAUGACUGCAACACUCUUGUCACGACACUGUCCGCAGGAGAGUCCAUCUCCCUGAACCCUCGACGCCUCAACAACCAGUUCGACAAUCGGUACGCCAUAGAACCCUUCGUGGGCUGGCCUCAGCUCCGUUUUUGUGGAGCCAGCACUGUCGAAGAUGAGAAGAGUGCACAAUAA